UCUCCGGAAGAGGCCAGCGUUGGAUGCGGCUGGUAUCUUAGCGAGCCUCAAGCCCUUCACCCAGAGAUGGCUGAUCCUUGGCAGGAAUGCAUGGAUUAUGCAGUAACCCUAGCCAGACAAGCUGGAGAGAUGGCUCGUGAAGCCCUAAAAAACGAAAUGAAUAUUAUGAUCAAAAGUUCUCCAGUUGAUUUGGUAACUGCUACUGACCAAAAAGUUGAAAAAAUGCUUAUCUCUUCCAUAAAGGAAAAGUAUCCAUCUCACAGUUUCAUUGGUGAGGAAUCUGUGGCAGCUGGGGAAAAAAGUAUUUUAACUGACAGCCCUACGUGGAUCAUUGACCCUAUUGAUGGAACAACUAACUUUGUACAUGGAUUUCCUUUUGUAGCUGUUUCAAUUGGCUUUGUUGUUAAUAAAAAGAUGGAAUUUGGAAUUGUAUACAGUUGCAUGGAGGAUAAGAUGUAUACUGGCCGGAAAGGAAAAGGUGCCUUUUGUAAUGGUCAAAAACUACAGGUUUCACGCCAAGAAGGUUGGUUUAUCCUCUAA